UGGGAUGGGGGGGCCGUAGGAGCCAGGAGCCCCGCUUAUAAGAGGACCAACACCUCCCCGCCCCCCUCCAGUUCCAGGCACCGCGAGGCAGGAGGAGAGGCGCCGGCUGAAAAUGCAGCUCUCUCGCUGCUGCCUGCUGUUCCUGGUCCCGGGGAGCAUCUCCCUGUUGGUGAUCUCUGGACAAGAACAGGGGGAGGAUGCGGAGCAAGGUGAAAAUGAAGUUCAAGACAGACCCCAACUGCAAAAGAAGAGGGAGCACCUCUCCCCGAAGUCCCUACUAACUCAAACCCCACUGCAGAAUUUGACUUACCUAGAGCUGGUCUCUAGUUCACAAGAGUUCUGGGAAGUCCUGGACAAUCUCUCUGAGCUGGACCAGGGCACACACUCUAGAGGACGCAGGGACCCUGUGGCAAACACAGGCAAGUUUAAGAAAAUUUUUGGCUGGGGUGAUUUUUAUUCCAACAUCAAGACAGUAAAGCUGAACCUUUUGAUCACUGGGAAGGUCGUCGAUCAUGGUAACGGUACCGUUAAUGUCUUCUUCCGGCACAACUCCACUGGGCAGGGCACUAUCUCUGUCAGCCUCGUCCCGCCCACCAAGACAGUGGAGUUUGACCUGGAGCAGCAGAUCUUCAUUGAGGCCAAAGAAUCCAAGAUCUUCAACUGCCGGGUAGAUUACGAGAAAGUGGAUCAUGCCAAGAAAACCACACUCUGUACUUACGACCCCUCCAAAACCUGCUACUAUGAGCACACCCAGAGUCAUGUCUCCUGGGUCUGUUCCAAACCCUUCAAAAUCAUUUGCAUCUACAUCACCUUCUACAGCAUAGACUACAGGCUAGUGCAGAAGGUGUGUCCAGACUAUAACUACCACAGUGAUGUACCUUAUUACCCCUCUGGAUGAUAGACCUCUUCCAUCUCAGGAAUAGCCCAGAGACGGGUGUCCUGGGGAAAUAGUUUUGUAAGCUGAAGCAGAGUGCAGGGGUCUCUAGAAACCAGAGUUCUGAUGCAGGACAGAAAAGGAAGGAGUUCUGAUUUUCUCUGAAUGCCUAAGCGUUGAAGAAAGGAAUUCUAGACUCAGGGUACUGGCGUUUCUAAACCUGACUCAGAGCUGUGGUCUUUAGAGACUGGGCUAUGUAGAAGAUGCCUGGACACAAAGUACAGAAAUCAUCAUCAGGAUUUGGGUUUCUCAACACAAGAAUAUUUGCCUGGACCU